CCCGGCCAUUGGAAAGCCUGGACUUUUAUUUUCUUGGACAAAUUUCCAUCGGCCGGUUUUCACAGACUUGACGUGGAGCCUCGGGCUGCAUUGGUAACUUUAAUUUCUGAGACGCAGAAGUCCGCAGUCCAGCUGCUCAGUGGGGGUGACUCCGUGUCCACCUCCGAUCCUGGACACACGCGCCCCUCAAGCCUUCUGAAGCCAACCACAGUGCAAGGGAGCAAGCUCUCGUCUCGGCAGCCUCUAUCCCCUCCCCCGUCUUCUGCGGGCUGGAGGACUGCCAUCCCGCUCAGCCGGAUACUCUGACGGCUGCGGCGCUUGACAGCAACUCAAACUCCCUCCUGCGACCCCCCUUUCUCCCCAACAGGCCUCGAAAAGGCCAGCGUGGCCCCCCAGGAUCCCGGAGGGCGCGUUCUAGGCGGGUGCUGUCUCUGCAGUGAGCCAGGGGCACUGGGGUAGAUCCUCGCGCAUGCCAGGUGCACAGACAGCGUGCUCACCAGCCCCAGUGCCGGCGUGCCGCGGCGGGUCGGGCAGUGCCUGAGAGGCUGUACCCGCACUGCACUCCCCGCCUUCGCCUCCAGUGCGGUCCGGACUCAGCAGCGCGUCGAUCCGGCUUCUCAGACGCGGUUCCACCCGCAGCCCUGCGCCGCUUCGGCCAGUCGCGCCGGGCUAACUUUGAAGGGGGAAAACUGAAUAGCCGGGCUGGAGGGAGGGGGCUCGGGGCCGCACGGCGCUCCCUCGGCCCCUCGGAGCCCCCGGGCCCCGCGAGAGCCCCCGCCGGGUCCGCCGCAACUUCAACAUUGGAGCCGGCGCGGGUUUCCCCCCGCGCCGCCGGGCCGCCCUGGGCGGGACUCCUCCCGCGGCCUCCGGGGCCCCGGGGCGCGCGCAACAGGCGUCCCGAGUCGGCGGGAAGCUGGAGCGCCGGCGGCGUCGGUCUCGGAGGGGUGUGGAGAGGCGAGGCCAGGCAGAGCCCGCGCAGCCAUGGAGUCACUCCUGCUGCCGGUGCUGCUGCUGUUGGCUGUGCUAUGGACACAGGCGGCCGCCCUCAUUAACCUCAAGUAUUCGGUAGAAGAGGAACAGCGCGCCGGGACAGUGAUCGCCAACGUGGCCAAGGACGCGCGCGAGGCGGGCUUCGCACUGGACCCACGGCAGGCCUCUGCCUUCCGUGUGGUGUCCAACUCGGCUCCGCACCUGGUGGACAUCAACCCCAGCUCGGGCUUGUUGGUCACCAAGCAGAAGAUCGACCGUGACCUGCUCUGCCGCCAGAGCCCCAAGUGCAUCAUCUCGCUCGAGGUCAUGUCCAGCUCAAUGGAGAUUUGCGUGAUUAAGGUGGAGAUCAAGGACCUUAAUGACAACGCUCCCAGCUUCCCGGCGGCACAGAUUGAGUUGGAGAUCUCGGAGGCGGAGCCGGGCACGCGCAUCCCGCUGGACAGCGCUUAUGAUCCGGACUCGGGCAGUUUCGGGGUGCAGACCUAUGAGCUGACUCCGAACGAGCUAUUUGGCCUGGAGAUCAAGACCCGCGGCGACGGCUCGCGCUUCGCCGAACUCGUGGUGGAGAAGAGUCUAGAUCGCGAGACGCAGUCGCACUACAGCUUUCGCAUCACUGCGCUCGACGGCGGCGACCCGCCGCACCUGGGCACUGUUGGCCUCAGCAUCAAAGUGACCGACUCCAAUGACAACAACCCGGUGUUUGGAGAGUCCACCUAUUCAGUGAGCGUGCCCGAGAACUCACCUCCCAACACUCCCGUCAUCCGUCUCAACGCUACGGACCCAGACGAAGGCACCAAUGGCCAGGUGGUCUACUCGUUUUACGGCUACGUCAAUGACCGCACUAGAGAGCUCUUCCAGAUCGACCCGCACAGCGGCCUGGUCACCGUCACCGGUGCCCUAGACUAUGAAGAAGGCCACGUUUAUGAACUGGAUGUGCAGGCCAAGGACCUGGGGCCCAACUCCAUCCCGGCACACUGCAAGGUCACCGUCAGCGUUCUGGACACCAACGACAACCCGCCGGUCAUCAACCUGCUGUCGGUAAACAGCGAGCUGGUGGAGGUGAGCGAGAGCCCCCCGGGCUACGUGAUUGCCCUGGUGCGGGUGUCUGAUCGAGAUUCUGGCCUCAAUGGGCGCGUGCAGUGCCGUUUGCUGGGCAACGUGCCCUUUCGGCUGCAGGAGUAUGAGAGCUUCUCCACUAUCCUGGUGGACGGACGCCUGGACCGCGAGCAGCAUGACCAGUACAACCUCACCAUCCAGGCGCGCGACAGCGGCGUGCCCAUGCUGCAGAGUGCCAAGUCCUUUACCGUGCGCAUCACAGACGAGAACGACAACCACCCGCACUUCUCUAAGCCCUACUAUCAGGUCAUUGUGCAGGAAAACAACACACCCGGUGCCUAUCUGCUCUCGGUGUCGGCACGAGACCCCGACCUGGGUCUCAAUGGCAGUGUUUCCUAUCAGAUCGUGCCGUCACAGGUGCGAGACAUGCCUGUCUUCACCUAUGUCUCCAUCAACCCCAACUCGGGUGAUAUCUAUGCGCUGCGAUCCUUCAACCAUGAGCAGACCAAGGCAUUUGAAUUCAAGGUGCUGGCCAAGGACGGCGGCCUGCCCUCGCUGCAGAGCAAUGCCACUGUUCGAGUCAUCAUCCUCGACGUCAAUGACAAUACCCCAGUCAUCACCGCCCCGCCGCUAAUCAACGGCACCGCGGAAGUCUACAUCCCCCGCAACUCAGGCAUAGGCUACCUGGUGACCGUCGUCAAAGCAGAUGACUACGACGAGGGAGAGAAUGGCCGGGUCACCUAUGACAUGACAGAGGGCGACCGCGGUUUCUUUGAAAUAGACCAGAUCAAUGGCGAAGUCAGAACCACUCGCACCUUCAGCGAGAGCUCCAAGGCUUCCUAUGAGCUUAUCGUGGUGGCCCACGACCACGGCAAGACGUCUCUUUCCGCCUCUGCGCUCGUCCUAAUCUACCUGUCCCCUGCUCUCGACGCCCAAGAGUCGAUGGGCUCGGUGAACUUGUCUCUGAUUUUCAUUAUCGCCCUGGGCUCCAUUGCUGGCAUCCUCUUUGUCACUAUGAUCUUCGUGGCGAUCAAGUGCAAGAGAGACAACAAAGAGAUCCGGACCUACAACUGCAG